AUGGGAGUGUGUGCGUCUUGUCUGGGCCUGAAUCGGCAUCCCUCGCAGGAUGUGAGUUCCUUCUUCAGCCUCGAUCCGGGAGACACUGCGAUCUGGGAGAUACUGACGUGCGCAUUGCGACAGGGCGACCACCUGGAUCGUCUCCUCGACUCCGAGCAGCAAUCCUAUGGCACCGCCGACGACACACACCUCACCCAGCCGGACGAAGAAGAGUUGAUGAGAGAGCGCGAGGCAUUGGAACAUAUCACGGCGCAGGCCGCCGAGUGCGUGACUUGUCCUACUCUACUCGGGCCACAGAUCGCUGACGUAGGCGACAGUGAUAUGAUCGAUGUCUUACACCCAAGCCACGACGAUUGGCACCACAAUCCGACAACCAUGAGCAACCACGAUCCUCAAUACCAACCGGAUUCUACCCAUAACGGUGCGGAUAACAACGAAGAUGGAGAAGAGCAGGAAGCGGGCGAAGCAGCAUGGCUGGAGAGCAUUCAGUCUGCUGGCUUAGGCCAAGUACAAGCACCUCAGCGAGGCACACUGGCCAUGGACAUGGGUGUACUCAGGGACAGAGGCCAGCACCAGAAACCGGCCAGAGCUGAGCCCGCCCACUGA